AUGCAAUUACAGUUGGUAGUAGCGUUGUCGCUACUAGCGGCCAGCCUUGUGUCGGCAACCGAGCGCCAUGGUCAGGAUCCUUUCAACGAUGAAUUUUUACGCCGAGUGCUUGCACGUGCCCGUAGCUGGAAACCCGACACAAACUUCCAAUCAAACGUCCACUUCCAUGCGUUUCGAUCGCUGAAGGGGAUCGGGGAGAGUCGAACCGGAUUCAAGGUACCGAUCAGACGGUACGAAUAUGUGUACGAUAUCGAAAUUCCCGAGUCGUUCGAUGCACGUGACCAUUGGCCGAACUGUGAUUCGCUGCGUGAAAUCCGUAACCAGGGUACGUGUGGUUCUUGUUGGGCCGUUGCAGCGGCUAGUGUAAUGUCCGACCGAGUCUGCAUCCACUCGAACGCGACCCUCAACGUGGCACUGGCUGCCGAAGAUCUGAUGGGAUGCUGUGCCGACUGUGGCAAUGGGUGUAAUGGUGGUUUUCUCGAUGGAACCAGCUUUCAGUACUGGGUGGAUGCGGGCUUGGUGAGUGGCGGUGCGUACAAUUCGACGGAUGGUUGUAAACCGUAUCCUUUUAAGCCGUGCGAAUAUCCAUUCCACGAGUGUCACGUGGAGGUAUCGCCCAAAUGUACGCAUCACUGUCACGAUGGCGCUGACCGGCACUAUUCGAAGGAUAAACUAUUUGGUCAGGUAGCGUACAGUGUACCGAUGGAUGAACGCGUGAUACGGUACGAAAUUAUGACCAAUGGACCGGUGGAAGCAGGGUUCGAUGUGUACGAAGAUGUGCUGCUGUACAAGUCGGGCGUUUAUCGACACGUGUACGGGGAAAAGAUCGGAAAGCACGCGGUGCGCAUUAUAGGUUGGGGCAGAGAAGGUGGUUUGCCGUACUGGCUGAUCGCAAACUCGUACGGCGAUGAUUGGGGAGAUCAUGGGUACUUUAAGUUUGUGCGAGGAUCGAACCAUUUGGGAAUUGAGUCGAAGAUCAUCACUGGUCUACCGUUGAUCUGA